AUGUCUACCACUACAAAUGGACCUUCCGUCAAUACUGCAAAUGGCUCCCUCUUGCAUGCAACACACAAGGGUUCUAUAUCCCAGUCAACUCUUAAUCUUCCUGAUACUUAUUAUGUUCCCAAAUUAAACUUCAAUCUUAUUUCUGUUGGUCAACUUGUUGAUCUGGAUUUUGAAGUCACUUUUUCUGUUUCUGGUUGUGGUGUACAGGAUCCUCGGACAGGACAAAUCAUCGGGACUGGACGUAAGGUCGGAAGGUUGUUUGAACUCGAGAAUCUUCAUAUUCCUCCUAUACCAAAUCUUUGUGCUGCUUCUUCUCCCUCUACCCUCUACUUAUGGCAUCAGCGUCUUGCCCACACCUCCUUAGGAAAACUGCGUCCUCUUGUGUCUCAAGGUGUUUUAGGUCAGGUUCUAAAUGAAUCUUUUGAUUGCAUUUCUUGCCAAACUGCCAAAUAA